CAUGCGCCUUACACCACACGUGUGGCAAACGUUUGGACGCGUUGCAUGCUGUGGAGCUUAGAGAGUUGGUUACGCUGUAAAAUAUAUUAUAGGAGAGCAUCUCUUGUAUCAUAUCGCUAACCUUUCAGAAGCCAGGGGAAAUAAAAUAAUCCUCCGUGAAGCACUUCGCCGAGAGGGCCGGAAUACCACAGAAAACACCAUGUCUGAAGCCCAAGUGCACCCAAAGGCCUACCCGCUGGCCGACGCCACGCUCACCAAAACCAUCCUGGACUUGGUGCAGCAAGCCUCGAACUACAAGCAGCUGAGGAAAGGGGCUAAUGAAGCCACUAAAACGCUGAACAGAGGCAUCGCUGAGUUUAUCGUGAUGGCUGCUGACGCUGAACCACUGGAGAUCAUCCUCCACCUGCCCCUGCUCUGUGAGGACAAGAAUGUCCCCUAUGUGUUCGUCCGCUCCAAGCAAGCCCUGGGCCGGGCCUGUGGGGUGUCACGUCCAGUCAUUGCUACCUCAGUCACUAUAAAGGAGGGGUCUCAGCUAAAGCCACAGAUUCAGUCUGUUCAGAUGGCUAUUGAGAGACUGCUUGUGUGAUUUUUAUUGCACUGACAAAAUCUCAUUGGAGAAAUGAGGUUUGAAAUAGUCCUGUAUUAUGUUUGAGGAGAAAAAAAAAUAGAUGCUUUUUUUUUUUCCACUUUUUGGGGACCGAGGAUUCUCUGCAGGAGUUUGCACCCCUGCCUGCUUAA